GGAGGACGUGGCUGGCUGCCUUGGCGGGGUGAACGAAGGCCGCCACUGUUAUGUUCAGAUUAUGUUUGAAUCAAACAGGAAGGCUGCGAGAGCGGGAACAAACUAUUGAGACAGGUUCAGGCUAAGAACAUGUGAAACGCUGAGAAGAAAGCCGGCCCUUUCGAGGGAAAGGGAAGAAAGGCCGGUUGUCUUGUCCCUGAUCGAAUCCAGCAGAUUUGAACUCAGAUCUGUUGAUCAACAAACAGUUACGUAUCUGCGCCGUUCAGCCACCAGACAAGUUCCGAAUUGCAGCUGCGUAGCUAUACGCGCGCGUUUGGUAUGGUAUGGUAUGGUCAAUCUGAAGAAGCUCAUGUCUAAUUGGCUGGCAGGCCGUUGGCACGUUCAAAAGAAGCCAGCGGCGAAUGGUGGAAUGUGCGCUUUUGCAGCUUGAAUGGCCACGGUGGCGGUGGCAGUGGCGGGGUGAACUGGUGAGUUGUUUUGUUUUGGUGAAGCGCGCCGAGCGCUUUCCUUAACCCACCAGGCUCCCGCUCAGCUAUCCGCGGCGCCACGCGUGUUCUUUUUUCUUCCAAACCGCCAGAGAUCCGUCAAGACGGCGCGCUUUUGCUUUUUCUUCCAAACCGCCAGAAGUCCGUCAAGACGGCUUGGCGGGAAUGAGAGGAAGAAUUGCAUUCUCACUCCAAAGAUUCGCUGGUCAGCAGGAUCGGACGGCGCAGCAGCAUCCGCAACAAGGCUUAAAGGGAAAUAGGGAGAGGGAGGGCACACCUAUGUGCUUGUUCGCUGCUGUGGAUUCGUAGCGAAAGACACGUAGUAGGGAAGAAAAGCGCGGGGUACUACCGGGGGCAAGGUCCCACUGGCACGGUUCAAGGGAAUCUAGCCGUUGAUCUCUGCUAUCUACGGUCAAUAUCGGUUAAUCAUUCGUGUUAGUGGGACCUAGCCUCGGGUAGGAGCAGGGAAAGGAAGGUUAGUGGGAGAGGUCGGGAUGGGGCUUGGAGAAGAAGGAUGGGGGUGGUGGGUAGGCGAUGUAGUGGCAUUGCGAUCUAGGUCUUCGGCAGAGGACAGUAGGACACGGGGUCAAUUCUCGGCUGGUCUGUCCUUUGCGGCGCUUUUGCCGACAAUGCCGUUUUGGCAAGUAGCGACGCUAGUCUCGCUGACAGGUUUCCUCUAUGUGGCCCGCACGUCGUUGCUGUGUUUGCGCCUGCGGAAAAUUCUACAGCCUAUCGCUUUCAAAUAUGUGCAAAGCGGCACAAGCACUGUUCUCGCUAUCCAGGCUUAUCGACACCCGCUGCUGGAUGUUAUCAUGUGCAACCUUUCUGUUGUUGUCUCUGCUGAGUUUUACACUGCCAUUGUGCCUCCGCUUAUGUGGGACGUGGUGUCGGCACCCCGCCCUCCAUGUCCUCCAGUUAAGCGACUUGCAGUUUUGAGCAAUGACAAGGUUGACGCAGAGGAAUAUGGGCUACCCUCAGGUCACACUGUCAAUUUCCUGGCGAUGUCACUGUUUUCUAUGCAUUACCUUUCUGGUCGUGGUGUGGGUCUUUUGAGCAGCAGCACUGUGAUUUAUAUGGCCGUUGUCUUGACGGUCUUAAUGGUGGCCGUUGCGUAUGGACGGUUGUAUCUCGGCAUGCACAGUCCUCUGGAUGUGGCGGUGGGAGCAGUGAUAGGCGUUGCCAUAGCCCUGGUCUGGUGUAAUGUAGGCAUUCACAUUCAGGGAUGGAUCAUCAGUGGGACAAACGUUAUCCCAUUUCAAGUGUGUUUGGCAGUUCUCUUGCUGAAUAUGUAUCCAGCACCUGAAUUUUGGACACCAAGCUUUGACUACCACACUGCGUGCACAGGAGUUGUGACUGGCAUGGUCUGCGGCUGCAGCAUGAUGUAUUCUAGGUACCAUAGCGAGAUGAUAUCAACAGCUACCUCUUUUUCCUGGAAGUACGCCCAGAUUGUGAUUGCACGAUUGGCAGUAGGAUACCCUGCGAUUCUGCUGGCGAAAUCCCUUAGCAAAGGUAUAGCAAAAAAGGUUCUUCCAAUGGCAGCCCGAUUCUUCGGGCUGCCUGUGUACAGCUCAGAGUACAUCUUUGAACUUCAGUAUAGAAGGUCUUGUGACUCUUGCCCCCCACUUUAUUCCUCGCCGAAGUCAAGAAAAUUCGUUGACGCCGAUGCUCAGGAGAAGUGGCACAAAGCCAGGAAUUACAGGAAUUACAUCAACAGGCAGACGUUAGGCGAGCCUGGCAAGGGGAUAGACUUGCUAGCAUCGGAAGAGCGGAACGGUAAGGCUGUGGAGCAUCGUGAGCCAACCCUAACUGCGCGAGCAAAUCGGCAAAAGGGUAAUCGCUGCCGCGAAACAGAAGGACAGGGAGCUCGUUCCCGUGUAGAAUGCAUGAGCACGGGUAUUCGACAUCUCAAACCGGCACGUGUCGAGGUGGGUGAGUUGAAGGAUGGGACUGGUUCAACAAAUGGAGUUAAUGGGCGUUUGAGCAAAGACUCCAAUGAUCUGUUUGAUGUGGAUGUUGGCGUGAGACUUGUGUCCUAUGCAGGGAUGACCCUGGCUCUGGAACGAAUUGUGCCGCUGCUAUUUGUUUCAUUGGGUUUGUAAGGGCAUACGCACACAAGGACUUUUUUUUUUAUUCAUUUAUGGACGUAAUUGCAGUCAGAUACAUCCAGGUCCAGCCGUAAAUACGGUCAGAUGCAUUCCAGAGAGAGCUAAUGCGAGUAUGCUCUUAAGUGCCAUACUUCUGAGUGAUUCUACUGUCUGUUUUCUACGGCUUGGAGAUCGUUCACCACAGAAAUUGGGAAGUUUUUUUUUCUUUCUUUUUUUUUCUUUUUUAUGAUUUUUAUUUCAAUUAAUAGCUGGAAAGAGGGCCCAUUUUUUGAAAAAGAAAUGAACAAAAGAUGAUACCAUAU